AUGGUCUGCAGCUAUCUUUUCUUCUUUUCUCUCUUUUUAUAUAAUAUUAAUUUCGUUUCACCCGUUGUCUAUUCUUGCAAUCGCAAUGCUGAAUGUGGAUGUUCAAAAACUGAUGCCAUAGUAGACAAGAUUGUUGGUGGUGAAUCAGCUGUUAACUCAAGUUGGGGAUGGGCCGUAUCUUUACAGAGGGGUGGCAACCAUUUUUGUGGUGGUUCAAUUAUUUCACCAUUACAUAUCAUUACAGCUGCUCACUGUGUUCCGAAUCCUGCGACGGUAAUCGGAAUUGUAAAUGUAGUUGCUGGGAUAGAUGUGUUGUCUCAAUCAUCAUCGUCAAAAGCUCAAGUACGUUCUAUUGUUAGUGUUUUUUCGCAUCCGAACUAUAAUGAUAUAUCGAAAGUGAAUGAUAUUGCUGUUUUACAACUUAAUCAAUUACUGAAUAUUUCGUAUGAAAGAAGUACUGCUCGACUAUGUAUACCACGUAUUAUUUCAACGAAUACAAACAAUGAUUAUCCCGUUCCUGAUUCAACCAUGGUAGCAAUUGGAUGGGGUAAAUUGGCAUCUGGAGUCACAUCAAUACCAAGUAAUUUGCAUCUUCAACAAGUGACUUUGAAUGCAAUGUCUGCAAACCAUGAAAUGUGUAUACCUACAAUCAAUAAUCAACAAGUUCAAUUUUGUGCUGCUGUGAUAGGUGGUGGAAAAGAUACAUGUCAAGGUGAUUCAGGUGGUCCUUUAAUGCACUUUGAGUCGGAUAAACGUCAAUGGGUAUUAGCUGGAAUAACAAGUUAUGGAGUAGGCUGUGGUCUUCCUAAUUAUGCUGGUGUUUAUACACGUACUUCUGUCUAUUAUGAUUGGCUUCGAUCAAUAGUCAAUGAUAAUUUUGUUGAAUUAACAAUAGAUGAAAAUGUUACUAAACCACCGAUCAAUCAUAAUAGCACUAGUUCACCAGGCAAUGGUGCUAGUUCUGUGUUGAUAGAUUCAUUUCGAAGCAUACUAUCACUAUAUUGGUCAUUUGCAUUAAUGUUAUACGUAUUUACUUAA